AUGCACCGAGGCGCGCCAGGACCAGGCCUCCGGGGCCUCCAGGGGGCCGAGGGCUCCGUCAAGGACUUGGGGGGCUCUGGCCCGGAGGCCGGGAAGGAUUUUGGGGUGCUGAGGGAGAACGGCGCCCCCCGCGGCCUGGGCGAGGCGGAGGAGGUGCCCGGCGGCAAGAAGCGCGCGCGGCCGGUGCGGUCCAAGGCGCGGCGCGUGGCGGCCAACGUGCGGGAGCGCAGGCGCAUCCUGGACUACAACGAGGCCUUCAACGCGCUGCGCCGGGCGCUGCGGCACGACCCGGGCGGCAAGCGGCUCUCCAAGAUCGCCACGCUGCGCCGCGCCAUCCACCGCAUCACCGCGCUCUCCCUGGUGCUGCGCGCCGGCCCCGCGCCCCGCGGGCCCUGCGGGCACCCCGAGUGCCGCCGCCAGGCCGCGCCCCCGGCCCCGGGCUCCGGCCCGCAGCCCGCCCCGCGCUGCGCCUCCUGCUCCCCGCACCCGCCCCCGGGGCGGCCGGGGCCCGGGGCGCAGGGCUUGGCGCAGGCUUCCUCCGCGGGGAGCUGGCGCUGGUGCCCCCGGGCGCCCUUGGCCUGGCCGCUGGGCCACCAGCACCCCUGA